AGUUCCGUGUUGUGGUCUUUGGUGUUGUUUAAUUUUGCUCGCUGUUUAUUUAUUAAUUUGUUUUAAAUUUUUAUAAAUCGAUAUUAGAGUAUUGGUUGAUUUAUUUAUUUACAAUAAGAACUAUGAGUAUGAAACCUAUGAAAGUUGAGCUAUACAACGCUAUUGUAGCAGAUUUUAAUAGGCUCACAUCGUAUGGACGUAAAGCUGAGAAUGAAUUAAAGAAGAAAUACAAAAAUUUACCACCAGCUACACUAGGCAGCAUUAUAUCACUGUUGGUACAGAGAUCAAUGAAACAAAGCUACAGAAAGUCUCCAUCAAUAUCCAGUAGAUAUUAUGAACUCUAUGAAGGAUUAAUGAGAGACAAAUCUGCUAAAGAUGGUGUUAUUUUACAGCUCUCGGACAAUCAAGGGAUAAGUCCAGCGCUGUUUGCAAGGUCUCUCCUGCAAAAUGUUUACUCUGACUCUUCCAUGGUCAAGAAGUGCUUUAAAGAUACCACAUUGAUUGAAGACAAGGAACUAGCAUAUCAAGUAUUCCUGGGCACCAUGAAUGAUAACCAGUAUGGCCCAUAUGCAGAUUUAAUAAAACAGUCAAUUGGACUAGAAUAUGAGUUACGACUAGAGAAAGAGUUAAGAUUGAUGAAUAUAACAUUUUCAGAUGAAAAUGUAUUGAGGUCUCGUGGUUAUGAUAAGACCCCGGAUUUUAAACUUGAUGUACCCAUAGCAGUGGAUGGCUUUAUUGUUCAUUGGGUAGAGAGUAAAGCUUUAUUUGGUGAUGAAGAAAACCAUUCUGGAUAUUUAAAAGAUCAAUUAAUGGCUUAUUGGAACAGAUUUGGUCCAGGUUUAGUAAUCUAUUGGUUCGGUUAUUUAGAAACACUGGAGUCCACACCAGAAGUAAAUCAAAUGUUUAUUCUAAGAACUAAUUUCCCCAAAAAAGAAAGCAUUACUCAGUACAAGAUGGACAUUGAUAUGUAAUACUUUUUAGAAAUGGUAAUUAAUUGUAAGAAAAUACAUUUUGACUGCGAAAAUAAAUUAUUUCGUUGUGA